AUGUCUGGCAUUACCGACGAGAACAAAACACCCACCACUCUUUCAACACAUAGCCGAGAAUCAACAAAGCACAUUACCAAGACAUCCAGCACGCAGUCCAAAGCAUCCUCCACAGUGCGUAGCCCAUUUCGAGACCGAACGUUGCAAAAUGUGUUUCCAGAAACAGAGAGUGGACGCAAAUCGCCUAAGCAAGCAGAAACGAUCGUGAAAAAGAAGCAACCCACACCUUCACCUUUACACAAGACUACAGCAACAGCAACAACAACAACAACAAAGCCAGCAUCACCAGAGCCGUCACCAUUACAACGGGAUGUGGAUGCGUUAGUCAAGGAGAAACAAGCCAAAGAAAAAGAAUUACAGAGUGCACGAGCACGGACAUCAGCGAUGCGUAAACAAUUGAAGGAGAUGGAAGCAUCAAUACAACGUGCCAAAGCCGAACUCAAGAAAUUACCAGCUAUGAAGGAUGAUGAUGAGGAGGAAAGGAUCAAGAAGCGAUUGGAGGAUCUCAAAGCGGAUAUGGCAGAUAACCGAGAAAUGCUUCAAGAAUUCGAGGACAUCAUUCAACAAGGCGGUACCAAUGAGAAGGAGGAAGAAGAAGCCGAGAUACGUCAUUUGAUGAAUGCUAUACCUGAAAAGCUCCUGUAUAUACAACAAUUGAAGGAAAAACUAUAA